GUAUUCAUAAGAGCGAAGACCACUAACUAAACCAAUCCCAAAGUAAUAUCAUCGGACGGAGAUGGCGGUUGGAUUGGGAAACGCGACGGCGGCGUCGGGUGAAUGUGGCGAUAUACUGAAGGCACGUACGGACAAGAGAGAGUAUCGGAGGAUUGUACUCAAAAAUUCGCUCGAGGUGUUGUUAAUCAGCGACCCAGAGACUGACAAGUGUGCUGCUUCAAUGAACGUUAGCGUCGGGUCGUUCUCGGACCCGGAAGGAUUGGAAGGCCUAGCUCACUUCCUUGAGCAUAUGCUGUUUUAUGCAAGUGAAAAAUAUCCAGAGGAAGAUAGCUAUUCCAAGUACAUCACAGAGCAUGGAGGGAGCACAAAUGCGUAUACAUCCACUGAAGAUACUAACUACCAUUUCGAUAUCAACACUGAUUCUUUUGAUGAAGCUUUGGAUAGGUUCGCACAGUUCUUUAUCAAGCCAUUGAUGUCAGCUGAUGCCACCAUGAGGGAGAUCAAGGCUGUCGACUCUGAGCAUCAGAAAAACUUGUUGUCAGAUUCUUGGCGUUUGGGCCAGUUACAGAAGCAUCUAAGUAGAGAAGACCAUCCAUAUCACAAAUUUAACACAGGGAAUAUGGAUACACUUCAUGGACGACCAGAAGCAAAGGGAGUGAAUACAAGAAGUGAACUAAUGAAAUUCUAUGAAGAACACUAUUCUGCCAACAUCAUGCAUCUGGUUGUUUAUGGCAAGGAAAACCUUGAUAAAACUCAAGGUCUAGUGGAAGAGUUAUUCCAGGAUGUUCGAAACACCAACAAGGAUAUUCCUCGAUUUCCUGGUCAGCCGUGUACUCUAGACCAUUUGCAGGUACUUGUGAAGGUUGUCCCAAUAAUGCAGGGUCAUGAGCUUAGUGUUAUAUGGCCUGUGACUCCUAGUAUCUAUCAUUAUGAAGAGGCACCAUGCAGGUAUAUUGGUGAUCUUAUUGGUCAUGAAGGUGAAGGAAGUUUGUUUCAUGCCUUAAAAAUCUUGGGUUGGGCAACAGGACUGUAUGCUGGCGAAGCAGACUGGAGUAUGGAAUAUUCUUUCUUCAAUGUUUCGAUUGAUCUUACUGAUGCUGGCCACGAGCACAUGCAAGAUAUUUUAGGGUUGUUGUUUAAACAAAUUAAAGUCUUACAACAGUCUGGUGUUUCCCAGUGGAUUUUCGAUGAGCUCUCAGCUAUCUGUGAGGCAGAAUUUCAUUAUCAAGCCAAAAUAGACCCAAUUUCUUAUGUAGUGGAUAUUUCAUCAAACAUGACGAUAUACCCAACCAAGCAUUGGCUGGUUGGAUCAUCACUGCCUUCGAAAUUCAAUCCAGCUAUUAUACAAAAAGUUCUUGAUGAGCUUUCUCCCAAUAAUUUUCGAAUCUUUUGGGAAUCAAAUAAAUUUGAAGGACAAACUGACAAGGUUGAGCCAUGGUAUAACACUGCGUAUCAUCUUGAGAAGAUAACCAAAUCCACCAUUCAGGAGUGGGUGCAGUCUGCCCCUGAUGUAAACCUGCUUCAGCCAACACCUAAUGUAUUCAUUCCUACAGACUUUUCAUUAAAGGAUUUUAAGGAUAAGGACAUCUUUCCUGUUGUAUUGAGAAAGACAUCAUUCUCAAGAUUGUGGUAUAAGCCUGAUACAUUGAGCAUAUGCGUAUAUGGAAACCAGCAUUUGAAGGAAAUACAAUCUGACAAAGACAAAAUUCGAUCACCACUGAUAGAAAUCGAAGACAUUGUUGGUUUCAGAAAGUCUCAACCUCUUUACGGGUCGUUGAAACUUUGAGGAGGUACCAACUCUUUUUCAGAGAUUUAUAUACAAGUACAACAAACAGAGACAUAUGCCAAAGCGAAUCAGUAGAGUUAGUCAUAUUAAAGUUAACAUUUGGAUCCAAAGUCAUGGAAAAUUCAAAGUAAUAUUAUAAAGAUGAUACUUGACGUCAUAAUA